AUGGCCGAUCUCUGGAGCUCUGCUCGUUUGAUCUAUCGUGGCGUUGACGACGAAGAUGAAGAAUUUCUAGGACGCCUCUCAAGCGACCCAAUUGCCUUCCUCAACAUCGCACCUCACGUUCCAUCACCGCGAGGCAAGAAAACCGCCGCCCGACUCCGCGAACAACUCCAAAGCCCCGACUUCCUGGUCGCAGCAAUCAUCUGCCUCCCCCCAACAGGCGAAGACGCCGCCAGCACAGUCGACAAGGCCAUCGAAAUCUCCAAAGACAAAGACAAGCCCAAACCAACCCCCAUCGGCCAAAUCACCCUCCGAGGCGAAGACAUCCGCAACCAACACCACAGACGCUGCGAAAUCGGCAUCAACGUCCUCCGCGAAUACCAAGGCAAAGGCUACGGCACCGAGGCGAUCAAGUGGGUCCUACGAUGGGGCUUCAAGCGCGCCAACAUGCACCGGAUCGGCAUCGGUGCGUUUGCGUGGAAUCAGGAUGCUCUGCGGUUGUAUGAGAAGUUGGGGUUCGUGCACGAGGCGCGGAAGCGCGAUUUCUUUUGGCAUGAUGGGCGGUAUCAGGAUUUGGUGGAGAUGGGUAUGUUGGAGGAUGAGUGGCGGGAGAUUUAUGAUCAAAAAUGA